CGCGCUUUCUCUCCAGUGCACCUCAAUGAACCUUAUUGGUGCACUGUGAGCGACCAUCAUCUGUCCCCUGGAUUCCCAUUGCCAGCUUCCCGAACGAACAUAUGUAUUUGCCUAGCUUCUUCCCAAGGAGUUGAACAGAGAGGUUCUUGGUGGCAAAAAUGGCACAAAUCUUGGUGCUGUUGUUACUGUGGCUGCUCGACACAUCAUCCGCGGGAUUUCCUAAUCAGAUUAAUAUCGGGGGUCUCUUCAUGCGCUCCACGGUGCAGGAGCACAGCGCCUUCAGGUUUGCGGUGCAACUCUACAACACUAACCAAAACACCACCGAGAAGCCUUUCCACCUCAACUACAACGUGGACAACCUGGAGUCCUCCAACAGCUUCUCGGUCACCCACGCGUUUUGCUCCCAGUUCUCCCGCGGUGUGUAUGCCAUCUUCGGAUUCUACGACAAAAAGUCCAUGAACACCUUGACGUCCUUCUGCGGAGCGCUGCAUACCUCCUUCGUCACGCCCAGUUACCCCACCGACAACGAGGUGCAAUUUGUCAUCCAGAUGCGUCCUGCGCUACGAGGAGCAGUCCUAAGUCUGAUCUCGCACUACAAGUGGCAGAAGUUUGUCUACCUCUACGACACAGACCGAGGCUUUUCAAUAUUGCAGGCCAUCAUGGAGGCAGCGGUGGCCAACAACUGGCAGGUGACCGCUCGCUCCGUCAGCAGCGCCACGGAUGCGGCAGAGUUCAAACGCAUCAUCGAGGAGAUGGACAGGAGGCAGGAAAAGCGCUUUGUGAUCGACUGUGAGGUGGACAGGAUCAACAGCAUAUUAGAGCAGGUUGUGGCCCUGGGGAAGAACAGUCGCGGCUACCACUACAUUCUGUCCAAUCUUGGAUUUUCAAACGUGAGUUUGGACAAAGUCUUUGCUGGAGGAGCCAACAUUUCAGGGUUUCAGAUAGUCAACCCUGAGAACCCUAUUGUGCAGCAGUUUAUGCAGCGCUGGGAGCGGCUCGAUGAAAGAGAAUUCCCAGAAGCCAGGAAUGCUCCUCUGAAGUACACUUCAGCGCUGACACAUGAUGCCAUCCUGGUAAUAGCAGAGGCCUUCCGCUACCUGCGGCGUCAACGUGUGGACGUCUCUCGCCGCGGCAGCGCCGGAGACUGCCUUGCCAAUCCUGCUGUACCUUGGAGCCAAGGCAUCGACAUCGAGAGAGCUCUGAAAACGGUCCAAGUGAAGGGGAUGACAGGCAACAUCCAGUUUGACAACUAUGGCCGUCGAACCAACUACACCAUAGAUGUGUAUGAGAUGAAAUUAGGUGGGCCAAGAAAGAUCGGGUACUGGAACGAGUUCACACGCUUUGUAAAUAUAAUGGAUCCGCAGGUCACCAACGACUCCUCAGUGGAAAACCGAACGAUUGUGGUCACUACUAUUAUGGAAGCUCCUUAUGUGAUGUACAAGAAAAAUUAUAUGCAUCUGGAGGGGAAUGACAGAUAUGAAGGCUACUGCGUCGAUUUAGCAUCUGAGAUUGCCAAACAUGUUGGAAUUAAGUACAAACUGUCUAUAGUAAUGGAUGGGAAGUAUGGAGCCCGAGACCCCGAGACCAAGGCGUGGAACGGGAUGGUGGGUGAACUGGUCUAUGGGAGAGCAGAUAUAGCUGUCGCACCUCUCACCAUUACUCUGGUUCGAGAGGAAGUGAUAGACUUUUCCAAGCCAUUUAUGAGUUUGGGCAUCUCCAUUAUGAUAAAGAAGCCUCAAAAGUCCAAGCCCGGCGUUUUCUCCUUCCUGGACCCACUGGCCUAUGAGAUCUGGAUGUGUAUAGUGUUUGCCUAUAUUGGGGUGAGCGUGGUUCUGUUCCUGGUCAGUCGGUUCAGUCCUUACGAAUGGAACCUCGAGGAACAGGAUGAGACCAAAGACCCUCAGAUGCCCCCUGACCCUCCCAAUGACUUUGGGAUCUUCAAUUCUCUCUGGUUCUCUUUGGGCGCCUUCAUGCAGCAGGGCUGUGACAUCUCCCCAAGGUCUCUCUCAGGCCGUAUAGUCGGUGGUGUUUGGUGGUUCUUCACCCUCAUCAUCAUCUCAUCCUACACAGCCAAUCUGGCUGCCUUCUUGACAGUGGAGAGGAUGGUCUCUCCUAUAGAGAGCGCCGAAGAUCUGGCAAAGCAGACGGAGAUAGCAUAUGGCACUCUGGACUCAGGUUCCACUAAAGAGUUUUUUAGGCGAUCCAAAAUAGCCGUAUACGAGAAGAUGUGGUCGUACAUGAAAUCAGCCGAGCCCUCUGUGUUUGUUAAGACCACACCCGAUGGCGUGGCCCGGGUACGAAAGUCAAAGGGCAAGUUCGCCUUUCUCCUGGAGUCCACCAUGAACGAGUACAUAGAGCAGCGGAAGCCCUGCGACACCAUGAAAGUGGGUGGGAACCUCGACUCCAAAGGCUACGGAGUGGCGACGCCCAAAGGCUCAGCAUUAAGAACUCCUGUAAACCUUGCAGUAUUGAAACUCAGUGAACAAGGCAUCUUAGACAAGCUGAAAAACAAAUGGUGGUACGAUAAGGGUGAAUGUGGAACCAAGGACUCUGGAAGUAAGGUCAGUCGCUGCAGGUCUUUUGUACUGAUUCCAAAUUGCAUUUUGACCUACUGUUCAUAUGCAAGACAAACCUCUAUCAACAUUGAUAGUUCACACUGUGUUAAUCUGCUGCACAUAAUUUACUUUUUUGGACCUGCCACUAAUUGUAAUAUGGAUUGUGGCUUUACAAGGCACCCCUUCCCCCAAAUGUUUGGCAUAGAAUUUUUUUUUUUUUUUUUACACCACAUGAAAUGUGAACCUGUUACGUAAUGAUAAUCCAAUGGGGAAAUGACCAUAGAGUGCCUUGCAAUUUUAAGUGAAUCACAGCAGUUGUUGACAAAUGCUAAUUAUGCUCAUUCUCACUUCAUGACACUGACCAUUGUGCUGCUGUUUCUAUUUACCAAACUGUUAAUGAAAAUUUGAUUUAUUUGUGUUAUUACUACUUUGCAAAAGAGCUGUGUCUAUUAGAUUUGUUGGCCUCCUGUGGCAUGAGGAAUGGGCAAAGCCUCUCGAAAUGUGACAACUUUGACAAAUGCUUACGCUUGCGAUUGAACUGAGGCUCAGGUGGCAUGCCGCAAGAAGUCAGGGAAUGUAAUACACUCAAUAUUUAACCCUCUGAGAUUCACUUAAUAAAUUGCUGCAAAGCUGCCUGAUCUGUCCAUGCUCGGGGGGUUAAACUGCAAAUAGUAAAACUCUUAUGAACAAAUUUUUAAUGAAUAAGUUCGGUAGGUAAGCAGCAGCAAAAUGGUUUGAUUUGAUCAUCUUCUCUGACUGUACUGUAUGACAAUGUUGCCAUAAGAGUUAUACGUACAUGUCGCUAAGGAGACAGGGAUGGUUAGAGCCGUCGACCUAAGCGAUGCUGACCAGCUUCCGUACAUGGUCAAGAGCAGUUCUAGACUUAAA